ACCCCAAAAAAGAAGAACUUUUGCUCUAACUGCUGGAGAAGAGGCAGAUCCUGCCCCUGAAACCAUGGGGCCUGCCAGCUACUCAUCAGAGACGUAUGACUUGAGCCAGGUGGAGCUGAGCGGUUACUACGAAGCUGAGAACACCACCCCAUCUUUGGAGGGCUACUUUUGCUUCAACCCAGCCUCAUCCAUGGUAGGCGACCAGAGGGACCCCUUCAGAAAGGUCUUCAUGCCCCUCAUCUAUCUGCUGAUGUUCGCGUUGGGGACUGUGGGCAAUGCCCUGGUCCUGGUCAUUUUAGAGAGGUUCAAGCGGUCUCGCACUACCACGGAAAAUUUCCUCUUCCACCUCACCCUGGCCAACCUGGCACUGUUGCUCACCUUCCCCUUCAGCGUGGUGGAGAGCUUGGCUGGGUGGGUAUUUGGGAAGUUCCUUUGCAAGAUCCUCAGUGCUGUCCACAAGAUCAAUUUCUACUGCAGUAGCAUGCUGCUGGGGUGCAUUGCAGUGGACCGCUACCUGGCCAUCGUCUAUGCAAUCCACACGUACCGCAAACGCAGAGCUCGCUCCAUCCACCUCACCUGCACGGCUGUCUGGCUCUGCUCGCUGAUUUUGACCUUACCCGAUCUCAUCUUCAUGGAAGUCUGGACAGACGACAGCAACCGCAGCAUUUGCUAUUUUCCAGAGGUUGGGAUCGAUGGCAACAAUGUCUGGCUGGCGACCCGCUUCCUUUACCACACCGUGGGCUUCUUUGUACCCCUGCUGGUCAUGUGUUACUGCUACACGGCCAUCGUCCGGGCUCUGUGCCAGUCCCAGCGCCUGCAGAGGCAAAAAGCUGUCCGUGUGGCCAUCCUGGUCACAGGUGUCUUCUUGCUCUGCUGGAGCCCGUACCACAUCGUCAUCUUCCUGAACACGCUUACCAAGCUAGAAGCCUUCACCAAGAACUGCCUCCUGGAGGACCAGCUGGACACGGCCAUCAUGGUGACAGAGGCCAUUGGCUUCACGCACUGCUGCCUCAAUCCCAUCCUCUACGCCUUCAUCGGAGUCAAGUUCCGUAACGACUUCUUCCGAAUCCUGCAGGAGCUUGGCUGCAUAAGCCAAGAGACCCUGCAGGAAAUCCUGGAGGUAACGAGGAAGGGCAGCGGCAUCGAGUCUGACAACACCACCUCCAUCUCCACUUUCUAG